AUGGCCUCGACUACAACUCCGCAGGAGGCCAUGCGCCGGGUGGAAGGCGAGCUGCGGCGGUGGGAGCAGCUGCGACAGAGCCAGCAGCGCGUGCUGCAGCUCUUAACAGCCAUUGCGGUGACGCUGGAGACCACCAAGCACGACUCACACGAGAAAACGGCGGUGGCUGCCCUCUCCGAGGUGGUGACGCCCAACAUCGUGGGUCGCUGCUCGUCCCCGCCGCCGGAUUUUUCUUCAAGCACCUCUCUGGACGGUGUUGGCGCGGCGCCGGCGCUCGGCCGGCCGAUACAGGCCGCACUUGGCGGUGUCCUGCUUACCCUAGGAAGAUCCCAGCGCGCCGUUUCCGACGCGUGCUCGCGAUUCUCCUGGCGUAUGCGGGCCAUUGAUGAGAGUGUGCGAUGCCUUUGUAAUGCUGUCACAGACGGUGCUGCGCUUGUGCGCAAACGCCUGGACGCGCAGAGAUGCGAACGCGCAUUGGAUGCGCUUCUCCUGGCCGCGCUGGCAACCAUGGUGCGUUCCGGCUGCGAUGCCACCCAAGACACGGCAGAGGACUUCAAAACAGAGCCGCCACGCGCGCAAGAAGAAGAGAGUGUGGAUUCUCCUCUUCCUGUUUCAGCCCCUUUGUUGCACAGCAACGCCUUGCGGAGGUACUGGCAUAACGAAGAGCAGGCCUUGACUGCUGCCGUAUCUGACAUCGCCGCGGCCCACCACUCUGCCGCGUACACCACAUGCAAGCUGCUACGGUCCUCGCUGCUGGAGACGCUCUCUGCACAGCGGCGGUUUCCUUCGCCGGGGGCGUCCCGGGCACGGCGCUUGGCACGCAGUGCGUGGUACCGUGAGCUGAACGAGGCCACUGCGCGGCGUCGGGCGGUGCAAAAGGCUAAAUGGGAGCGUCACGAAAGAGUGGCAGGGGCUCUUUCAGAACUUGAAUGGACUACGCCAUCUGCGGAGGACACGAACGGGAAGGCCGAUUAA